UGGAGCAACGCUACUCACCCGACCACGCUUGUCUGCAGAGCACAAACAUCCACAGCCAUGAAUGUAGUUAUCUAUGUGUGUGUGUUCCUGGUGGCUCUGUCCAGCGGCUCCCUGAGUCUCCCCUCACAAUCCAUGUCACAGCAGGUGCAGGGCGAGGCUCUGGUGUCGGACAACCUUCCCAUGCCCACCUUCAACCAGACCCGCCAGGUGCGCUCGGCUCGAGCUCCCCCCUCAGAGCGCCUCAGCUACAACCAAGCCCAGGAAGAGGCAGACACCCGCAACAAACUCAGCCAGCUCCUGGCCAGACUGAUCUCCAGAAAAGGAUCUCCCGCCCAGACCAGAACCUCCAUCACCAGCAGAGCCAGUGGUCUUUCCCCCGCCCACAGAAUAAUGGACAGGGACUACACGGGCUGGAUGGACUUUGGAAGACGUAGCGCAGAAGAGUACUAGUACUCCUCUUAAAGGCCAACCAAGUGUUUCCUAUGACUGCAAAACUAUAAUCCCCAACACCGUCACAUAGGACUGUAACACUGCACUUACUGUAAGCCGGCCAGAGAGGAGCCAAAAGUCAUUUUGGCUUCAUAAAAAAAGAGCUGUGGAGACCUCUAGGGGGAGCACUGUCCACUAACCUAAUCAGCUCCAAGUAGAACAUUACUGUUUUUGUGAUAAAACUAAAAUAAAAAUCAUUGCUUUCAAUAACUUCUCAUCAAGUUUGUGGCCCCAAAACGCGUCUUCCUCCACAAUCAAUACCACAGGAGGAGGGGUGUCCUACAGGCAAAGCAGAAGCUGCAAGAUACCUUUCAGUAAAAUAUAUAUUAAUAUAAUGAGAAAAGCAUAUCGACUUUAGAAAUUGAAUAUCUGCUCUCUAUUGCUUCAUUUAAAAUUUUGUUUAAAUUGAAUUAUGCUUUUUCAAAGUGUUAGUAUGAGUAUAUUGCAAACGCAAGAGUGAGAAAAUAGGGUCACAGAAAUGUAUAUGUAAUCAAUCAAUAUAAAAUAAAGUUUUGAGAUUUUGUUCAAGAAAGCCAUAUAUACAACUGAUAGACUGAAUAUUAUCUAGCUUAAAAAUCUAUAUAUUUGUAUGCAGUGUACAUACUGAGGCAACAUUGAAAACAGUGGGAUGAAAUACAUGUUAGUGGAAAGUCUUACUCACACAGCCAGGAAACUCAUACUUACUCUGUCAUAACGGACUAGCAGAAUCGAUAGAACAUAGCAGUGAAUUCCACAUCGAUACGAAUCAAAUACUCUCCUUCUUUUGUUGAAUGAUUCUGUAUGUACAAAUUCUAUGAGAUAAAAUGUUUCUAAAAAUGCCGAGGACCAAUAAAGUUCCAGUG